GCCUCAAGUUGGAAGAGUCUCCAAGUGCUAAGUAAAAAAAAAAAAAAACAAAAAAACAGACCAGUUGCUGUUGAUUCCAACUCAUGGCAACCCCAUGUAUUUCAGAGCAGAACUGUGCUCCAUAGGAUUUUCAGUGGCUGAUUUUUCAGAAGUAAUUCACCAGGCCUUUCUUCCAAGGUGCCUCAGGGUGGAUUUGAACCUCUAACCUUUUGGUUAGUAGUUGAACUUAACCUUUUGCAUCACCCAGGGACUAAAUAGCAUCUACCAAAAUGGUAACACACCCUUUUUUUGCAGCCUGCUGCCAAAUGCUGGAGAUUCUCCUGAACUUGCUGAUCCUGGCCUGCAGCUCUGUAUCUUACAAUUCCACAGGGGGCUAUACGGGCAUCACCAGCCUGGGGGGCAUUUACUACUACCAGUUCGGAGGGGCUUACAGUGGUUUUGAAGGUGCUGAUGGGGAGAAAGCCCAGCAGCUGGACGUCCAGUUCUACCAACUGAAGCUGCCCACAGUCACUGUAGCAAUGGCCUGCAGUGGAGCCCUCAUGGCCUUCUGCUGCCUCCUCAUUGCCAUGGGCACCCUGCGGGUCCCGUGGCAUUGCCCACUGUGUCUGGUGAUUGAAGGCUUGUUGGACGUGCUUAUUGCUGUGGCAUACAUCCCAGCCUUGUAUUUCUAUUUCCACUACCUCUCUACUGCCUACGACUCUCCUGUGUGUAAACAGAGGGAAGCGCUGUACCAAAGCAAGGGGUACAGUGGCUUCAGCUGCAGUUUCCAUGGGGGAGAUAUAGGAGCCGGCAUCUUUGCUGCCUUGGGCAUUGUGGCCUUUGCCCUUGGUGCUGUUGUGACCAUAAGGGGUUACCAAAAAGUCAGGAAGAUGAAAGAAAAGCCAGCAGAAAUGUUUGAGCUUUAA